CAGGGAACGAGUCUGUGGUCCAAACAAACUGGACGUCCCCAACGCCCGCCAAACACGCAUCAUCCCAUAUAACAUAGCAGCUAACUCUACUUAGACAAACAUCCAACAGCCUUAUUCAUUUCGAAUUCCUUAAUUGGUAAGUUGCUGCAAGCCCGCCCUGUCCCACUUCCACGGUCUUCUGAACAGAGGAGAUCGAUCAGAAGCCAUGGAAAAAGCAGGGCUUGCAAGUAGUACUCAUCGCAAGCGCAGCCUCUCCAAGAACGCCUCCUCCUUCCGCCUCCGCUGCGAGAGUUUGAAUACCCUCCGCCUCCGCCGCAUAUUCGAUCUCUUUGACAAGAACAGCGAUGGCAUCAUCACCGUCGAUGAACUUAACCGAGCCCUGAACCUUCUUGGCUUGGAAACCGACCUCUCCGACCUCGACUUCACCGUCAAAUCGUUCAUUCGACAGGGCAACAUCGGCCUUCAAUUCGAAGACUUCAUAUCACUGCACCAGUCCCUAAACGACACCUACUUUGGGAACGGCGGCGGCGAUGAUGAAGCCGCAGCAGAAGCAGGAGGUAAGGAGGCGGAGACAAAGAGCAUAUUGUCACAGGAGGAAUCAGAUCUUUCGGAGGCGUUCAAGGUAUUCGACGAGGACGGGGAUGGGUACAUAUCGGCCAAAGAACUGCAGAUGGUACUGGGGAAGCUGGGAUUCUCUGAAGGGAACGAGAUUGACAGAGUUGAGAAGAUGAUCGUCUCGGUUGACCGCAACCGAGAUGGCCGGGUUGAUUUCUUUGAAUUCAAGGAUAUGAUGCGUAGCGUUCUCGUGCGGAGCUCUUGAUAUAUCAUCAUUCGAUCUCCUUCAUUAGCAAUGUUUGAGCACGAGUUUGCAUUUUAUCGUUGAUUUUCUUCGUCAUUAUUUAUCAUCUUCUUUAAUUAGUGUAUCUUUAUUCUGUACUCGAUCGAUCGAUCUGCAUCUUUUCCUCGAUCUUUGGUUAAUACAUGAUUAAUUAAUAUAA